GCCGCGGACACAGCUCGGGUGCCGGCGAGGGCACAGCACGGGCAGAGGCUUCUGGACUGCGCGAUGAGCGGAGGGCCUGGUGCAGUAGACAGCAGAGGUGGGGGCAGCCAAGGAGAACCCCCGGUGCAGCCCUGUAGCUGCUGGCUCGGAGGGCUUGUGCCCCAGGCAUUCAGGAUCUUGGUCAUUCGGAGCACCUGUUUGACCCAAAAAGCAUGGCUGAGAGGAUUCCUGUUUGCAUGGAUACCGACUUCCAGAGGCAAGAGAAGGUAACUUCCGAGUCUGUAGACGAGAGGGGAAGAUGAAGGAAGACUGUCCGCCCAGUUCUCACGUCCCCAUCAGCGACAGCAAGUCCAUCCUGAAGUCGGAGCUCUUAAGCUUGCUAAAAACUUACAACUGCUACCAUGAGGGCAGAAGCUUUCAGCUGAGACACCGAGAGGAAGAAGGCGCUUUGGUCAUCGAGGGACUUCUCAACAUUGCCUGGGGACUGAGGCGGCCUAUCCGGCUCCAGAUACAGGACGACAGGGAGCGAGUGCACCUCUCCUCAGCCUCCUGGACACCCGGACAGCCCGGCUGCCCCCUAAAAGAGCCACUUCUUCAGGAUGGCAGGGUCCCUGCCCAGGAGCCAAGGACUCAGACAGCACCCAGGGCCAAGAGUUCCAGAGACAGCUCAGAGCCCCUGGAGGAGGACGAGGAGACCCCUCAGCUGAUGCGGACCAAGAGUGACGCAGCUUGUGUGAUCCAGAGGAGGCCCCGGGCCCGCGCACCCGGCGAGGCCCAGAGGAUCCGGCGACAUCGCUUCUCCAUCAAUGGGCACUUUUACAACCACAAGACCUCGGUGUUUACUCCUGCCUAUGGGUCCGUGACCAACGUGAGGGUCAACAGCACCAUGACAACCGUGCAGGUGCUCACCCUGCUCCUGAACAAGUUCCGAGUGGAAAAUGGCCCCAGUGAGUUUGCGCUCUACAUUGUUCACGAGUCUGGGGAGCGAACAAAAUUAAAAGACUGUGAGUACCCACUGAUUUCCAGAAUCCUGCACGGGCCAUGUGAGAAGAUCGCCAGGAUAUUCCUGAUGGAAGCCGACCUGGGCGAGGAAGUUCCCCACGAUGUCGCUCAGUACAUUAAAUUUGAAAUGCCGGUGCUGGACAGUUUUGUUGAAAAAUUAAAAGAAGAGGAGGAAAGAGAAAUAAUCAAACUGACCAUGAAGUUCCAAGCCCUGCGUCUGACGAUGCUGCAGCGUCUGGAGCAGCUGGUGGAGGCCAAGUAGCCAGCCAGCACUGGCCUCUUCAGAAGCCCCCCCACUGCCAGUGCACACUGAGUGCGGGGGGCCGGGCCCUGACUGGUCACACGGACUGAAAGCCACCGGCUGGGGAAUCGAGCCCCCACGCUUCUACAUGUCUAUCUGCCUGAGUACCACGUGCCCCAUGUCCCUGGCUCUUGGCUCCUAGCUGAGUACUCACCGGGCCCAGAGCCAGGCCUGAAGAGCCACGAAUUUGCUCGGUGGGGUCUAUGUGUGAGGCUUGCGUGGGCAGUAAGCAGCCCUGAAGCUGGGGCUCUGGCCACAUUAUGUGGCUGGAUGGCGUGGCCGGUCCUGUUCAUGCCACACCUCUCUUGCUCAGGAGAGCAGUACCUGAUCACACCCAUGGGGUGUGCGCCCUAUCUGCUUUCCCAGUGCCUGGGCCCAGAGUUUCUGCCUGGCCAUGAGCCCCUGACCUCCUCAUCCAUGUGAACCAUGAGAUCCCUGUCUGGCCUCCCCUCAUGCUGCUACUCAAGACUCUGCUGGGAAAAACAGGGGCUGCCAGCAGGUAUGGGAUAAGCCCUGCUUCUGGCCUUCACUUCCCCAUGGUAUCCCUGGCCUCCAAGCCUUUGAUGCCACCCUGUGAGCAUUACACAGCCUAGCACCCUGGCAGCAGAGGUCAGACCUGGGAUAAGACCAUGAGCCUCCUAUCAUCUCUCUGCAGCACUGGCUUCUAACUUUUUCUUGGGACCUGAAGAAUUCUUAUAAGGAGCUUGCUGCAGGAAACAUGGCACUUCAAUCACAUAGAGGAGGCGGCCCACAUUGCACUGGAAGGAUGCCAGCCCGUGUGCAGCAGAGUCUGUGGCUCAGGCAGUGGCUUAGGAAGGCAAUGCUCAGUCCCCAUCACCGCUGUCCCUUGGAUGCCCGUGUGCCUCUUGCUCUUUCUGGGCUUUAUUCCUUCACUCUCUACACUUCCCAUCAAAGGGGCACAAUGAGGAGAAAUGUCUAUUUGAGGAGAAAAGGCUUUGAAUUCCCUGCGGCCAGAACAAUUUGAUUUGUCAGCUGAUGGAGAAUUUCUGGAAUGAACGGGAAGGCCUUUGCAAAACUAUGCAACAGUGUACAUUGGUCAUGUGAAGUGUUUGUCCAAAACAGAGCAAGUUAAAGACCAAAUUCUUUUCCCACUGGGGCCUGUGGAUAGUGGAUUUAAAGAGAAGAACUGUAAAGUCUUCCAAAUAUAAGAGACAGUCCCGCUCCGUUCCAUGCAAUGGCUCCUUCCUGGCACCCAUAGAGAGCAAAGCCUGGGAGCAGCUGUGCUGUGUGGAGCCCCCGUUCCGGGUGAACUUCAUGCCAGGAUUUCCCCGGCCUACCUCCAUCGUCACAGAGACAUGCAGCGGUGCUCCAGAGAGAUCCCCGGCAGUAUCUGUCAUCUCUGCUCUCCCUCCUUUUCCUAGUUUCCUAGGAGCUCAAUAAAGGUGCACUGUAUUGAACUGAAGGAGUUCGGACCAAGCCUUCUUUUUGCCUAUGUGUCCACCCUGACUCCCAGCUCUAACCUCCAAAACUCUUACCCUACAACAUGUGUGGC